GUAGAAUAAGUCCUCGCCCGGCUUGCCAUACAUACGUGGGCUUGUAGUAGACAGGUGAGGGAACACCGAGUUCUCCACACGCCGGCAAACAAACCUUCAACAAAUCUCCUCCCUUUGAAGAAGAGUUUGGUGCUGUCCCGCUCCCAUGAUGCAUCGCUCCUCAACUGGCUGCCGCCCGACCGUGAGAGAUAUUUAACCAUCAAUUUGUCUUUUUUUUUACCCGUUACUGUACGAAAUUCGCGAUGGCGGAAAACGCUGUAAACAACCUAACGCCAUGUGGAAGCGUGUAUUGACUUUAACCCCUCGAAUAUAGCGGGGCUCGACGCCUUUUCUUUCUUUUCUUUUUUCUUUUUUCUUUUUUGGACCGUAGUGAAGUCAGCCAGCCCAUGUCAUGUGCCAUGUGGGAGUAAACUAUAUGUAAGCGUCAUGCUAGCCACACAGACACCAGAUGCGCUACCAGAGGCUAAGGAUGUCCAGCAGAUCAAAGAGAAGUUGGUGCUAUCACUGAAGGCCCUUCAGAAGCGGUAUGUGACGUCAGACACUUUGGUGACCAGCGAGGAUUGCGAUGCUAACCUGCUGUGCUGUGCCCUGGAAGCCAUCUUUAUCCAUGGCAUCAAGAGCAAGUACAUCCGCUUUGAGGCUGCAGGCCGGAGCAGGAAGGGGGACCGGGGACCCCUCCCUCAACCUUUCUUCUGGAUUCUGCUGAAGACUGUCACCCACCGUGAUGUGAUCACAGAGCUGGAGAAGCUGAGCUUCGUGGGCACGGACGUGGGCCGCUGCCGGGCGUGGCUUAGGUUGGCCCUUAACCACGGCCUGCUGGAGUGCUACCUUUCCUCAUUGUUCCGGGAGGGCUCUAAGCUGCAGGCCCACUACCAGCCCAGCGCUCUUCUCUUGAACCCUGAGGAGCGGGAGGUGCUUCUCAGCUACCUCCAGGGUCUGGCCUCACUCACAUUCAGCCUCUCCUACAAGUCCGCUGUGCUGAAUGAGUGGACCACCACCCCCUUGGCUCUUGCUGGACUCUGCCCCAUGUCCCAAGCUGACUCACUUAACCUGUCCCUCAAUGGUGAGGAAUUUGUCACUUCUAAGCCAGUGUGCAAGGAAUCAUGGGAUAGAGUGUCUCAGUCCUCAAGCUCAUCAGAUACGUUGGAGGUGCAUAGAGGGGGCCCAGGGGUGCUGGUGGAGAGGAGCACUGGUGUGUUGCCUGUGGGACAGACUUCCCUUAAUUCAUCCAAUUUGAGUCUAGACACGACAGGCUCCUCUCAGCUCUCCUCAAGUUUAAGUUCUGAUAGCCUCCUGCAGGGGCAGGACCCCCGUAGUCCAACUGGAGAGCAGUGGUCCUCCUGUGACAUUUAUAUGUCCCAUAAUGCCAACAGCAACAGCAAGACGUCACUUCAAGAUGUGGCGGCUGACUUCAGGGAAAGUGGCCACUGCAGUCAGGACUCCAUGCGUGAGGACUCCUUUGUCUCCAACACAGAUCCGGAACUCCUCUGUGAAGCAAACGCUUUCAGUGGUUCUGACGGAGAGACUCAUGAUCCUGCUACGCCAUUCCAAGACCUUGGGGACCAGGCCCCAGAUGCCCCACUUCCAGAUUUAGAAUCACAGUCCCAGCCAUUAUCCAACAGAGACCAGCCUCCAUUGGAAGUAUGCUUUGAAAGCUCCCCAGAAUUAUACUCAAACACUACAGCAUCCUCCGCUGUUGGGGAGCCAGCUGAGAGAGUACACACAACCGGUAUCUGGGAAGAUAAAGAGUCUGUCCAGGAGAAGAAGAAAGUUGAGAGUUCUGUUGGGAGUAGCUCAGAGCUUGUAGCAGAUACAAAUCCAUGCCGCUCCACCAGUGUCCUCAGUAGGAAAAUGUCCUCAGACUCCCUCUCGCAUUCUCAUUCCUGGAUAUCUGAGGAUGAUAUCUACAAGCCCCAUGUGGACGAGCUGUUGGACCUUGACGAGUUGUCAGUUUGUGUCAACGGGCUGUGCCCUCCCGCUCCUGAGCCUAAGGUCCCUCAGUCACCCCCCAGCGUAGUCCAUCGAAGACAAAUAGGAUUGUCCAACCCGUUCCGAGGUUUGCUGAAACUCGGCCACCUAGAACGACGGGGUGCAGUGGGGAUAUGGCGCGACUACUACUGUGAGCUGUCGCCCUUUGAGUUUCGCCUCUACCUCAAUGCUGAGGAGCGCACCUGCUGUGACAACUGCUCCCUUAUGCGUUGUGAAGAUGCUCGCAUCACCUCAGCUGAUGGCCGCUUCGAGCUGGUCUUCUCUGGGAAGCGCCUCUACCUCCGGGCUGCCAACUGUGAUGAAGCUGAGGACUGGGUUGACCGGAUAGUGGAGGCUGUCAACAAAUGCCGCCCGGUGCCUCGCCCAGACGACCAGUGGGAGGUGCUGCAAUCCACUGAAGAGAAUGGUUUGGAUGAACCCUCGCUUUCUUCCGCUUCCUCUGCCCCCUCCAGCCCUGAGAGAAACUUUUCGUCCGCAGACUCAGGUACAGGUACAGGUGCAGGGCAACAGGCUCCUCCUCUUCCACUGGAAGGAGACUGGACACGGACGGCUGAUUUGGAGCAAGAUGCUAUCAAAGAAGCUGUGCUGUACCUCUCCACAGAUGCUGAGGCUCGGACUUGGGUGCCUCUAGUCUUUUCUCUCUCCCUAGAGGCCUUAAAGGGCUUCCGGGUGCAAGAUGGGAGGAAGUUCCUGCGGCUGACCCAACCUAUUGAGGCGAUCCGGGAUGUGGUGCCUGAUGUCUCUGUAGGAGGACCAGCUUUCUUCAAACUCUUAACCUUCCGGGAUACCCUCAGGCUUAGGGCUGAGAGCCCGGAGGAGGCACGCUCCUGGAGAGCUCUGAUCCGAGGAGCACUGGACUCCUACCUGGAGAGUGGGGAGGAUGAGGACACCAAGGAGUCAGCCGUAGUGAGCCUGAAAGUAGGGGGCAAUAUCCAAAGACUGGUGCAGCACAUGCUGAAAGGGGAUGGAGUGCUGCUGACACAUCUGUGCACCAUUGCCUCAGAGAAGGGGCUGGACACACAGAGCUUCAAGUGUGCAGGGUGCCCAAAGCAGAUUGGCUUUUCCUUUGGAAAAGCUAGGUUGUGUGAAUUCUCUGGCCAGUAUUACUGUGACUCCUGUCACCGUGGCGACAUUAGCAUCAUCCCAGCUCGCAUGGUACACAACUGGGAUCUCAUACCGCGAGAGGUGUCCAGGAAGGCACUGAGGUUGUUGUCUGAGAUUGAGCAGGAGCCCUUGAUGAACCUGGAGCAGCUGAACCCUGACCUGUUGGAGCACGCGGAGCCCAUGGUUCAGAUCCACAGUCUACGGCAGAGGCUACGCUUGUUGGGAGAUUACCUGCUCACCUGCCGCAGUGGUGCGUGCAAGAACAUCCAGGCCAGAAUGGAACAGCGGACAUACCUGUUAGAAUCGAGUUAUUUGUACAGCGUUAUGGACCUACGACAGAUUGCAGAGGGCCAGUAUGAGGCCUACUUGACUACACUGGUGCAGUAUGCCUCCAACCACGUACACCACUGUGAGCUGUGUACACAACGAGGCUUCAUCUGCCAGCUCUGCCAUGCCACUGACAUUAUCUUUCCUUUCCAGUUUGACACCACUACCCGGUGUAAAGAUUGUAAGGCUGUGUUUCACUUGGCCUGCAAGGCCCGCUUGCCCUCCUGUCCUCGAUGCCUACGGCUCAGAAAAUACAUCGAGAGAGAUUUGCAAGACUGAACCAAGGUGGCUCUGCGUGUCCUACUGGGCUUGCCAUAGCAGCACAGGAGGUGCCUUUCCCAUCUGUUCCACAAGAGCCUAGAAGCUCACAGAUGGAAUGAUAUAAACAAAAGAAAAAAUAUUGAAACUCUGCACCUAGCUUUUACAUAAACUAACCUCAAGUGCAAUUAUGAAGCAUUGACUUGCCUGCCCUUGUAGUCCUGAAGACAUGGCUCUACUGAAAUGGAAGGUAUAAGAACCUGAGGGAUACAGUAGCACAGCCCUCAAGUUAUGAUGAUGUUGAAAGUUUGCAGCCAUCUCUUAGAACUUGUGCUUUCCAUACCUCUAUGAAAAUGUCUGCCAAGAAUCUUACGUAUGUUCAUUUUGGAGAGGGGAGCAUGUUUCACAUUGUUCUCCUGUAACAUGUUCAUAAAUGCAUUUCCUUUUACUCAUUACGCCAUGUUUACAAGAAAUGGGAAACAUUCUGCGUUUGUCUUGGAUGCACAAAGAAUGUCAUGAAGUCACAUGCAUGAAGGUAUCAUUCCUGCAGUAUGGAGUACAUGCAAAAAAAAAAAAAAAAUGAACAGUACUUGAAAUGUUCUAAUUUACAGACUUUGAUUAUAUUGUGCCUUCAUUUUUAUUUAAGCUUUGUACUGUUUGCUCACAGUUUCACUAAAUUGGUGCCAAAAUGUUUUACCAAGAGAUUUUGGACUCCAUUGCUUUUUUCCCUUUUUUUUCUUUUUUUUUCUUCUUUUUCCUGAGCUGAGCACAAGUUGAUAUUAUAGUUGAAUGUUAAAUGCCAUGUGUAAAACUGGAAAGUUGGAUUUGUGAGUGUAUAAAUGGGAUUUAUGGUGAAAUUGUUGAAGGUUUCUCUGUCUUAAUAUAUCAACUGUCUGAUUUUUUUUUCAGGAACAUAAAAUAGCAUUAAUAUAUGAUACACAAAAUCAUGCAUGAUUGUUAGUCCUAAAGGUUUUCAAGGAGAUUUAAAAAACAUUUGUGCAACAUUGUGGUAAGCUGCUAGUGUGGUGAGCAAUACUGAGAUGAUUGAUAAACUGGUUGAAGUACAUAAGUAUGCAGUGGCAAAAAAAGGUUUGCUAGAACAAAGUUCUUUGUACAGAUAUUUGAAUUCACUAGAUAGAUGAAGGAUGUCAUUCUCCAAAAUUUUGCAUUUUUGCACUUAGGCUUGACUGUUAAAGGGAUAUUGCAACUAGAAUUUACUUUUAAUGUCCUCUUGCACAGUGGUUCUCAAUUCCAGUCCUCGGGACCCCCCCAAGCACUGUAGCUUUUCUAUUCUACAAGGUUUUCCAGAAUUUGAAUCGGGGUGUUUUUAGACAUGAAGCAGCAAAUGAACGUACUUGACUGCCGUACUGUAAGUCUCGAGGAUGCGAAUUGAGAACCGCUGCUCAACAGUUUGAAGGUAUUUGCCUUGUCAGACAGACUCGUCUUACCCCAAAAACAAAUAUGUCUCUUGCUGCCAAUUUACAUUGAAUUUCUUCCCAUUUUUCAGUGUAUCUAUCUUUUGCUGCACUGGAUAAAAAUGGUCAAAUUCUCAUACUAAUCUGUUUUACUGGUUCUCCAUUGACUGUAGAAAAAAAUAUUAAAAACCCUAUAACAGCAGGCUUAUAAGAGGCAAGAUAAAUCCCUUACAAGGCAUCAUCUUAUUGCACACUUUUCUGAUGACAAGUGCAUAAAAGGAGAAGCCUUUGGUAUAUUUAAAACACAUAACCUGGAAAUGCAAACUGGCCAGGCACUGAAACAAAUAUCCCUGUAUCGGUCAUCUCUGGUUUGUUGUUUUUACCUAUUUGCCAUCAUUUGUAUGUAGCCUUUAUGUCAAUAAUUAAUGUAAAAUAAAUGUCUGUCAAUGUUUUUUUGUCGCACAUGUUUAAGGAAUGUCUAGACUGGAGUUGGUUUUCUGCUUAUGUGAAUGUGUAAAUCAGUUUGAAUAUUAUGAUUUGGUAUAUUGAUGUCAUCGGUCUCACAGGGCUGAUCUUGACAAAACUUGUCAACAGUUGAAUAAUUAAUAAAUACAUAUUUGAAUAGUGCCA